GUUUGCUGUUUUCCAUUCUCCUGUCCGGUCUUUCCUUCUCCCACAGCUGAAAACCUCAUCGUCGCCCAGGGGAUACGCUUUGCAUACCCCGCACAGUAGAUACUACAACGCCGACGAGACCGCUGCUUAAGAGUUUGACAGACACGAUGGCAGCCAGCACAAGAAGUGCUCAGCACGCCCUGAGAGCUCUACGAGCCGCAUCAAAACGCCCUUCUACCUCCUCCUUCGCCCUACGAGCCUACUCAUCUACGUCCGAGCCCGACCUCAAGACCACUUUGGAAUCCGUGAUCCCCGAGAAAAGAGAACUGCUCAAGCAGGUCAAGAGCCAUGCAGAGAAGAAGAUCGGCGACAUCAACGUGGGUAUGGUCAUUGGCGGCAUGAGAACCAUGAAGUCCAUGGUCUGGGAGGGCAGCGUUCUGGAUGCCAACGAGGGCAUUCGCUUCCACGGCAAGACGAUCGCCGACUGCCAAAAGGAGUUGCCCAAGGGCACAUCAGGCACAGAGAUGUUGCCUGAGGCUAUGUUCUGGCUCCUGUUGACCGGACAAGUUCCCUCUGAGGGUCAAGUCCGCGCCUUCUCGCGAGAGCUCGCCGAGAAGUCAGAACUCCCUGCUCAUGUGGUCAAGAUGCUCCAAAACUUCGACAAGACCGUCCACCCCAUGACCCAGCUGUCAUGUGCUGUUGCUGCCUUGAACACCGAGUCCCUGUUCGCCAAACAGUAUGCCGAGGGUCUGAACAAGGCCGCGUACUGGGAGCCAACAUUCGACGAUAGCAUCAACCUGUUGGCCAAGUUGCCCCGCGUAGCUGCUGCCAUCUUUGACAAGGCCGCUCUCGACAUGCCGAUCGACAAGGAUCAAGAUUGGGCCUACAACUUCGCGAAGCUGCUAGGCAAGCCCGGCAAGGAUAACGAGGGUUUCCAAGACUUGCUGCGUCUGUACCUUGCCCUCCAUGGAGAUCACGAGGGCGGUAACGUCUCAGCACACGCAACUCAUCUGGUCGGCUCUGCUCUUUCCGACCCAUACCUCUCAUAUGCCGCAGGUCUGCUCGGUCUGGCAGGACCUCUGCACGGUCUCGCCGCGCAGGAGGUGCUCCGAUGGAUCUUGAAGAUGAAGGAUCAAAUCGGCGACGACUUCUCAGACAAGGACGUCAGUGAAUAUCUUUGGUCCACCCUCAAGUCCGGCCAGGUCGUGCCUGGAUACGGCCACGGUGUGCUCCGCAAGCCCGACCCUCGCUUCAAGGCCCUGAUCGAUUUCGGCGACGCUCGCGAAGAUAUCGCCAAGAACCCUGUCUACCGACUCGUCAAGAAGAACAGCGAGAUCGCGCCAGGUGUGUUGACCGAGCACGGAAAGACCAAGAACCCCCACCCCAACGUCGACAGCGCUUCGGGUGUCCUCUUCCACCAUUACGGAUUCCAGGAUCCUCUGUACUACACCGUCACUUUCGGCGUCAGCCGAGGUCUUGGGCCUUUGGCUCAAUUGAUCUGGGAUCGUGCGCUUGGUAUGCCCAUUGAACGCCCAAAGAGUAUCGAUCUCAAGGGUCUGAUGAAGUUGGUAUAAAUUUCAUCACCCGUAGGAAGCAUAUUGUAAAUACCCCAUGGUGGUUGACGAGGCGGUGGAGAAAAGCUUUGCAAAGGGGAUACUCAACUGGUGUUGGCUCUAGGAAUGCAGA